GUUGCAUUUAGGGCCAAACUUAUGAGUGUAGUACUCUAAGCACGUAAACAUCGCGCUCGAAGCUUUCGGACGGGAAAGAGAGAGAGAGCGGUGGGAAGCAAACCCAAACCUAUCGACCAAUGGGGACUAGGGAGGUUUAUGAAGAGAAGCUUCGGACGGGAAAUCUGUACCACGAUCCAACCAUCAACCCUGGCCUCGGUUCACCUCGAUGUCCUCGUUGUCUCUCUCUCCUCAACCCCAACUCGGAAAAAGGGGAAUGGACUAUUACUCCAAUCUUGCAUGACGCCACUGCUGUGGCUGGCUCUGGAAUUGGAGGAAUGCUAAGUGCAAUUCAUGGUUUCAACACAGGGAUACCAUAUGUUCAGAAACAUGUGAAGGGACCAAAAUGGCUUCCUUUUCUGAUUGGGCUUCCUCCACUGCUGUUGUUUUCUGCUGCUAGUGCUGCAUUUGGAGGUUAUGCACUUCCAAAGUUUGCUCAACUCACUGUGACGUCAUAUUAUGCUGCCUCAAGUGCCUCUCAUUAUGGUAUUUCAUUGGUCACCAGACAUAUUGAAGAGACACACACUUCCCGUACCCGGCAUUAAAGAUUCAGAUGAUCAGUUGCAGGUGCACAAGUCAGAAUUCUGUGUCACUUCUUUCAGUUUUGAAAUUAAUCUUGUAUAUAUCGGUCCCUACAUGUGUGAAUCUAAGUAGAUGGUUAGGCAUGUUUUUAUUGCCCUAUACACAUUUUUUCUUUUAUAUUUUUGGACUAUCACAAUGUGUUUCAU